UGACUACAUUUACGUACAGCGGCACUGUCAUUGAAAACAUGGCUGCCUCCAUGGAUGAAGCAGGAGUCGCUGCCUCUGACUUAAAAGGUCCAGCUUCGGCUGCUCCGGGCAUGGAGAGCCCGCCGAUCCAGUACAGCCUGAUCCUGGAGCACCUCAUCGGGGAUAAGAGGGCCGUGAAGGAGCUGAGCCCCGGCAUCAUGGGGGGGCUGCCGAUGCCUAUGAAAAGCGACGAGCAGAAGAUGAUCGAGAGGGGAAUGGAGAGCUGCGCCUUCAAGGCUGUCCUGGCCUGUGUUGGAGGUUUUGUCCUCGGAGGAGCUUUUGGUGUUUUUACUGCUGGCAUCGAUACCAAUGUUGGCUUUGACCCCAAAGACCCUCUGAGAACUCCAUCAGCACGAGAAGUCCUCAAAGACAUGGGACAGAGAGGGAUGUCGUACGCAAAGAACUUUGCCGUUAUUGGUGCCAUGUUUUCAUGCACAGAGUGCGUCAUAGAAUCACACAGAGGCGUUUCUGACUGGAAGAACGCAGUGUACAGCGGCUGUGUAACUGGAGGAGCCAUUGGGUUCCGUGCGGGUCUGAAGGCGGGGGUGCUGGGAUGCGGAGGCUUCGCUGCAUUCUCUGCUGCCAUCGAAUAUUAUCUACGGUGAACCACUCAAGAGUGUAUGGACUUAAAUGAUGCAAGUGCCCUGAAAGAAAUCCAACUGGUGAAUAUUUACCCUCACAUGGAGGACUGCUGAGAAAGCAGAAGUGAUGAUUUGGGGAAGUGAGGGAUCCUGUUCCUGUGCACAAUGUGCACCUCUUUGUUUCCAGAGAAGCUUCAGUUUCACCUCAUGGUCAGAGAGCAGAGGGGAUCUGCUUCUCUGGGGACGGUAUAAUGAAAAUGCUGAACAUAAUUCCUCUUCACUCUGAUUCAGUGUUUACUGUGUAACUAACCCAGAUCCAGAUAAUUUAUAUUAAACAUGUGUUUUUUUGUUAAAUUGAUUAGAAUUUUUUUCUUGAAGUUUAAAGGUGUCCACGACUAAAGACAUCUUAAAUUUGCUUUUAAUUAUAGUCUUGAUUCAAGUUUGAAUUUAUGUAAUAUGUUUAUAUAUUUAUAAUAAUUCUGUGAUGUACAGGAAGGAAAUAGUUUUGGGUUUCCCACUCAGACCCAAUAGAGCCUGUAGUGAGCUUCUUAUGAAUCUGGUGCAGAUGUUUUCAUAAGUUAUCAGUACAACACAGAGAAAAUCAUAUCUUUAGUUUGUUGGAUAGUGGGAUUUCUUGUGAUAAUGUCAGGCUGGUCACAGUGUAACGUUUUGCUUUUUGAGAAUACUUUAAUUUCAUGUAAAUGUAAUAGUGCAGACUAUUGUGUAACAGCUGAGUGCAGCUAUAAACAGGUUACAUAUUUAAAAUGCUUCAGGGUUUGAAGCUAUGCAUCCUGACCCUCUCAAUUAUACACAUUCAAAAUGAAUACAGCCGGUUUAUUCAAACAUCUAAAGACUAUAUAAGCAAAUCAUACGCUUCUCUGGAAAACCCAAAUACACUGAUGUCAGCAGGAUAACUGCUUCAUGUUAGCAGACAGACUACACAAUGCAUUUACAGCUGAGGCAGCAUUAAGAGCAAAGUACAGCAGCUUUAUCAAUUAAAUACAAAAAGAACCUAAACAAUUGUAAUUGUCCAGUACAAAAUGUAUUUGGGUUGCUGUAUAAUAAAUGUGUGCUUCAUUCAUUCAA